AUGGCAUUCAGUGCCUCAGACCGCUCCCCGGCUUCUCGCCUCCAAGACGAUAGAAUCGACGCGGAGCAGACUAUCCCAGUGGCUCGGCUGCCAUCAGCUCCCCACGUCGGCUUGCCUACUUCACUCCCGAGUGAAGAGAAGGUCAUGACAGAGGCUUGGCCAUCUGAUCCAAAUCCAAAGGGCAACGAUGAUAUGGAAGAGAUCGAGGAAGACGUUGAGAUGGUGUCCACGAAGGUGAGACAACUGACGCGUCUCCCGAAGGACUUCCAGUACCAGGAAAGCAGGCGCCUUUAUUCAAAGUCCGAUGAAGCCUGUUCGUCGGAGGCGAUCCAUGAGUACCGCGGUAAAGGCCGACCAACUUUCAGAGUGAGCAAGAACAACAAAAUAGAAGACCGGAAGAAGGCGAUGAUUGUCACUUAUGAUGGGAACCAUCUGCAGACCUGGGGUUCAUUCGAACAGACCUCGGAGACAGAGGUAUUCAUUCAGGCCUCAUACACUUGCGACACUCAAUACCCGUCUGUCAACCUUCGUCUCAAGGAGAACAAGGUGCACAAGGGGUGUUUGACGAUCUUUCCCAAGAACUUGAACUGCGACCUGGGUAACGAGUCGCUCGGGCUCGUCAUGUUAGCUGGGGCCCAAAACGCUGCGCAAAUCAAGUCACAACUUGCUGGCUUCCCGCCAGCGACUCAAGCGAAACUGUCAGAUAUGGCUGACAAUAGUAGGCUCUGGUCGACAUUCUUGGAUCUCACUACAGAAAGCCGAACGUGGCUCGGGCGAUCGCAGGACGAACUCGAUCUCAUUUCAGCGCAGUUCGCGGCGGAUGCGGGCGUGCUUUCCCAGACCGAACGCUGUAUCGCCGCACUCAACAUUUGCAAAGGCGUCGCAAUCCAUGUCCCUAUUCAAGCAAGCGCUGAGGCGGGUAGAGCGUUCAACGAUUUCACAGCGUUCUUCAAAAGCGCUAUGUGGAUGAGCGGGAUGACUAAGCAUUCGCUCAAACGCCUGGCAACUGCUCCGCCCGACGUCGGUCGAAGCGCUGCACAAAGAGCACUGGACGGGAAGCGGCUCCGUCAGGAUACUUCAACCACGCCGGCUCAAGAGAACCCCAUGAACAAAGACCAUAGCUUCCGCAUCGCCAGAGAAACCGUUUCGAAGAUUCGGACAGCAUCUGGCCUUACCAAAAACGAGCGAGCGCUGUUCCGCUACAUCGAGCUCUUGGAAGACGAAAAGGUAGCGCUGCACAAAGCGGUCAGCCAGUCGAAUGCUGCUUUACAAAACGCUCAGAAGAAGCUCCAAGCGGAGUACCGUGCCACGAAGACCGGUAUGGAAGACGCUAUCUUGGCCGCCAAGUUUGCCCUACGAAACCUUGAAGAUACAGCUUUGUUCCUCCAGGCGAACAACUCUGAGAGCAUUCUCUCCAGAGCGACUGUCACUGCGGAAGACAGCUUGACUGAAGCCGGCUAUCUGGAGGCCGCGAGCAACUUCGCCUCCCUCAGACAGAACCACGAGCCGAAGAACGAGUGGCCGGAGCUGCAUGCUACUCAUCCAGAUGGUUUGUUGGCGGGCCUUGAGGAAUUUACAAAGGAACAGCUAAGGGAGGCGGAGUCUGCCGAGUGA